AUGGGUGUAAUUGACAUGUGGGCCGGUGGAAAAACACACCUUAUUCUGUGGCUCGUCGCUCGGAAAUUCAAUGUCGAACCAUGCAACCAAAGCGUGGGCAGAGUCGUCUCUAGUGGCUUUCAACCGGAAUUGCUCGUGGAAAGCCAGGUCUUCGAUGGUAACGGUAUUAAGGUCGAACUCGAUGAGCUUCGGAAUGAACUGGGAAUAGUCGAAUCCGUAAACGUUUUCCCAGUAGAAUAUUUUUUCAUCCUUGUAGCUACCGUCUUCAAUAAGAGCCACUUGGAUGUUGGCCUUAUCUGGGAAAAUGAGUCCGUCUGGCUUCAAGUAUCUGUCUCUAGCAACCAGAACAGUGUCCAGCAUGGAUUCGUACAACAAGAAGUAACCCAUCCACUCGGAAAUGAUUAUAUCCACCUUAUCGUAUGGCAUCUCAACGUCCUCCAAUUUUCCUCUGAGCAGUGUGAUCUUGUCGGAGAAUCCAUUAACAUCGACGAUUUUCUGGGCCAUAUCGAUGAUAUUGGACAUGUCCACAGCAAUGACGUGCUUGGCUCCGGCUCUGGCCGCAAACAUGGACAAAAUACCUGUUCCACAGCCCACAUCAAGAACGAUCUUGUCCUUGAACAAAUUUCUGUUCUUCAUGAUUGCAUUCCGCCCGUCACUAUGAGCACAGAUUCCUCUAUAGCUGCACGGGCAGCCGUCAGAAGACAGUCCGCGCAGCCCGCGUCGGUGAGUGAGAUUGCUGCGCAGGCCGCAAGCCGUACUUUCCUCAAAUCCAGCUCUCAGACUGCUCCACGAAGCUCUGCGAGCAGUGUUGUAUCUGUGCGAACCAAACCUCCGUCGGGCUCAGGCGCGCCUCCCCGCGCUCCCUCGUCCGCGGAAGUAGUCAAGAGACCUUCAACGCCAAAGAAACACGAUUCUCAUUUGACAUGGGACUCCGUCAACAAUUCCAGCUCUUCGGCAGCUCUGGCCGCUGCAUCCCUCGUUGCCAAGUCCAAACCGGCAUUAAUGGUUUCCACAAGCUCCACAAGCGCAACCGGACACCCCGAUAACUCGCUCGCCUCCGCAAAACAGCAAUCUUCUGCCGCCCCCUCCCCUACGAUUCAGCCGUUGCGAUCUCCAAAUUUCGCCGCACAGGCCCCGACAGCGCUGUCCGCAGACCUCCAUCUGGACCCCCUGUCCCGCAGUCCGUACAACUCGUCGCCUAACCGGUCUGCAAGAUCCUCCGUGCAUAGUCUAAACUCUUCUUUGAAAGAGGAGCUCAAGCUGCUCUCUCCUCCGAAAAUUGCCAAUGGCGGAUCCAUCAGCAAUUCCAACUCGUACUCGUCUCUGUCGCUGCCAAUGAUUUCCGAGGAUGAGGACACAAUGUACAUGUCGGGCACGGACGGCCAGCAGUCCAGCAUCGACGAACCGCAGGACACUUCCCGGCACGUUUACUACCAGCUGGCUGGAUCGUCCACGGCGGGGUCGCUGGACGUCGAUCCCAACGAGUCCAGGAACAAGCUCGCACGUAAGCCACCGCCGAAACUCGAUACGACCAUGGAGCCGGCCUCUGCGGUGGAAUACCAAGCAAACACUCCAGUUAGUGCAGAGCAGUUGGAGGACGACCAGACGCUGCCCCAGUACCCUGUUUCGCCCAUUGUGGAAAACCGGAUGCCGCACACACACCACGGGCCACUCCGUGGUGCGCACGGCAAGAAAUUCCAGCGGAUGCUGGGACUGCAACGGCUGGACUCGAGCCAGAGCGUGCUGACCACCUCGGACACCGACCAGCAGCUGCGUUUCAAGACGACUCUGCGGAAGGAGAAAAACUCCAAGAAGGACUUUGACGAGGCCAAGCCGUGGAAACACCACAACGACGCCAACAUCGUGAGCGAGGAGGAGAAGAAGCGGUACGAAGGUGUUUGGGCAGCCAACAAGGGAGACUACAUCGACAACGACGAGGAGAGCGUUGUUGUUGUUGACCCGAGCCAGCAGGCGUCGCUCAAGAUAUCUGGACUGGUUGUUCGGGAGCUCUGGCGGCGGUCGCGACUUAGUGACGAAGUGCUGGAAAGAAUAUGGAACCUUCUGAUCGACCGCCGCAGACGCGAGUUUUUCGGCCAGAAAGAAGGAAUAAGCGAACUGAAGGACGAGCUCGAGUUCGACGACGGAACGUUGACCAAGGAGGAGUUCAUUCUGGGCACCUGGCUGGUGGAUCAGUGUCUCAUUCUCAAGCUCAACAGUAUCAAGCCGCUGUUUGACCGGAUUCUUGUGCAGAGAGCCAAGGCCGCCUCAAAGACAGCUACCGGUAUCUACAUUCCGGAGAAGAACCAGGCCAAGCUUUCGUUCGGCACUGUUAUUGCAAACGGACCGGGCGUGGUGAACGAGAAGGGCGACCUGGUCCCCACCACGGUGAAACAGGGAGACAAGGUGUUGCUGCCUAGCUUUGGUGGCUCUCCUGUCAAGGUGGAAGGAGAGGAAUACCUGUUGUUUUCCGACAGAGAGAUCCUGGCCAAGAUCGACGAGUAG